AAAGAAAUCACUUAGAGGUUUACGGUUGAAUUUUAAAUUUAUUUUGUAUUAUUCCCCCAAGCCUUGAAGCCAUAUAAGAAUUUUGAUAGGUUGAAAAUGGCCUAUUUACUAGUCUUAAGUUCAAGGAUGUACAACAUAUGGUAUGACAACACGAUCUGGACCCCUUGCUCAUUUUGCAGUUAGUUUGUUAAUUGAUUAAUACACAUACACAGAGUUACUUUAAUGUUAAAACAUGAAACAUUGAUUCAAUUUAGUGUACUGCUAUUUGCAUUUGGUUUCUUGGGAGACGAGCACCAGUGGCUCAAGAACAAAUUAGGAAAGAUCAAGGUCAACACCAAUGGCCAAUUAAUCAUCCAGGUGGCAUUUUUAAGAGACAUUUUGUCUUGCGAAAGCUUAGUGCUGCAAGGCAAGGCGUAAGGGAUGGUUGUUAAUAUCUCAAAAUGAGAUGGUUAUCACAUUUGAGAGUGAACUAAAUUUUGAAGCGAAACUUCCCUUUUUUCUUUUAUUCGGUUACUUUUAAGUCAAAUACUUUUUUCAGUAACGGAAAGCUCUGUAUGGUAUCGCACUUGAUAAUACUGCCACAAGUGCGGAAGAAAAAGUUGAACAUGUACAUGUAAAAUUAAGUUAAAAUGAAAACAUUUUAAGGUGCCUUGAACUUAGAUUGAACUACAUACAUACUCAGCUUCCUAUUGAAAGGAAUAAUGAAGGAAGGACUAAAGAAGAAAUCUGGUUGAAAUUAGAAAUGUAAAUAUAUUUUUAUUCUAGACGAUGAUUUCGAUUCCUCUGAAACUUUCAUCAAGACAUCUGUCAACGAUUAUUAAUUUUCCCAAAAUACCAGUAUUUUGAUGGUAACAGGAAAUGGAAAAGAGAACAAGUGGCGUUGCAGCAAUAUCAUUUUUCAUCAGUUCACACUUUGUUAACACAAGGAAAAUUCGCGACAAGCUUCGAGACUACGAAUAAAUUAAAUAAAGCGCCCUGAAUACACAAAAUAAACAAAGCAUGGAAAGGGUAUUUCGUAAUUAAAGUAACAAAAAGUCAUUAAGAAAUCGAUCGUACUAUGGUUUUAUCCCGGAUGAAUUCCAAAAAAUUUUCAAGAAGUUACUUAACUGUCGAAAAAUUUGAAAGGAAAUCGUCGCACAGGAAAAAUUAAAUUUAGAAAUGGAAAUCACUGGAGUAAAGUGAAAUAGGUUCACGACACAGCGUUUGGUUCCGGUCAAUUACUUCCUACGCCUCCCCCGCGGAAUUACGAUGGUCAGCGGCUGCUAAGUGUGAGGAAAACAAAAAAAAGACUACGUGGAAGUUAGUAGUGUGAAGCAGCUGUUGCCGAAAACUCGACGCUAAAACUGGAAUUUUUCUUGUUCCUUGUCUUAUAGAACUGUUGACACUUGUUCACUUGACAUUACAGACCGCGCUCGUAAUGUUAUGAAGAAUCUCAAAUCCGUUAGACGCGCCGACACGUCGACUCUCUGAAAGGUGUUUUUCAUAUUUUCACUCGGCUUCCGAAGUUACAUCUUGUAAAGACAAAGUAGUUUUAUUUUAAAAAGGUUGCCUCUGAGUACAGGGCUAAAGGCCAGAAAUAUAUAUCCUAUGUGGUGAUGUCGGCAGAGCUAAAGAAAAUGUCUCCUCAAGAAGUAACUGGAGGAAGCAAGAUCGAACUUCGCACUUCGUCCGGUACAGUCAUUUGUUUGAAUUUUUCAGAGAAGGACCAAGUGCUGCCGAAGAUUGUUCGCCUCGUCGACCCAGACACAGAUCAUGCUGUAGUUUUCCGGUCAGAAGAUGGCGUUUAUCACGAGCUAGACUCCGACUCUGCCUCGAACUUGCAAGAAUUGCAACACAUGAAUCAUUGUCUCCAUUGCAACUGCAACGAUGGGAACGAACAAUCUUCAAACACGAAUGCCGAUGUCCGUAAGGUAGACGAAAGGGUUGAUAAACAACGAGAAAAACUACAAAAGAAACUUCGAGAAAGGAAGGCGAGCAACAAAGAGGAUGAGAAUUGUAAUGGCCACUGCCAUCAGGUCAUUCAACUGCCGAUACAAGGACUGAAACAGUAUGUACGAGUCAAUUCUUCCCAGAUGAAUGGUGAACACAAAACGAGCCCUUCUAAAGACGAUUCUUCACUGGAAUCAGAGCCAGUCAAAGGGAAAAAUAUGUUAGAGGAACUAAAGAUUCAUAAGGAACCAGAUAUUGAAGUCUUAAAUAGCACAACUGUCAAGGUUUCUUGGGCUGGACAAGUUAGCAACAACAGCCACCUCGAUGGGUGCAGUUUUGAUUUACAGAUGUUCUCCAAGGCAUCACCAUACAGCUCUAUUUACAGUGGUUCGGAUAAAGAGUUUAUUGUUAAGGAACUCAAACCCGGAAUGCAGUAUAAGUUUAGAUUACAGGCUGAAAAAGAUGACGACAAAGGAGAAAUCUCUCCGGAAGCUAUAUGUGACAUGCCCUGUUCAGUGCCAUCAACACCUGUUCAGCCUCAUAUUGGAAAUAGAACAAAGACAAGCUUUACUAUCAAGUGGACGGCACCCUCGGACAAUGGUUCCCCAAUCACAUUAUACAGAUUGGAGUGGAGCAAGGGUGAAAAGGGAGGUGCCUACACUGAGUGUUACUGUGGGCCCCAGAGACAAUUUAAACUGACACAUAAGCUACCCCCUGCAACACCUUGUUCAUUCAGACUACAAGCUGUGAAUAGCAUAGGAGCCAGUAAAUUCAGCAAGGAUUUGAAGUGUGUCACCAUUGCAGGAGCACCGUCUGUCCCCGCCCCUCCCAAACUAGACAAAGCAGGUGUCAACUCCCUGAAUCUUUCUUGGAGCAAACCAGAAUCCAAAGGAGCUGAAAUCUCAGAGUAUUUGCUGGAAAUGGAGGACGACAGUACUGGCUAUGGUUUCCGUGUGGUGUACCGAGGACUUGAAAAUUCUUGCGUGAUUGAUAAACUGCAAAGGAAUACUUGUUACAAAUUCAGGCUUCUGGCUUCUAAUCCACAAGGAAAAAGCAAAUGGAGUGAGACUGUCAUGUUUGAUACUUGUCCAGAAAGACCUGGGCAACCAUCCUGGCCAGUUCUUGAGGGAAAAGUCAGAUCCUCAGGAUUCGCUAUCACUUGGGGGCCACCUCUGGACAUGGGAGGAUCAGAGAUCUCAGCUUAUAUGUUACAAGUUGAUGAUGGUAAAGGAGGGCAGUUUACAGAAGUGUACAGAGGUCUGGAAUGUGAAUACACUUUUACUGGCUUAUCUCCUGGACAUCUUUUCAGAAUUCGCUUAGCAGCUGUCAGUGACGGUGGUACUAGUGAGUGGUCCAAAGUGACAAAGAUCAGGACCUUACCUGUUGUCCCUGGCCAAGCAAACCCUCCAGUCUUAUCAAAAUCUAACAAACCUCAGCCAAACACACUUGAUCUUCGCUGGGGUUGGCAAGGUAUCAGAAGUAUCUCACAUAACCACAGCACCAGGCCCCCCUGACACUCCAAGAGCGCCGGACACUUUAUGCCGCUCGGCUGCAGCUAUCAUCGUGUCCUGGGAAUGUCCGGCAGAGAACGGUACGCCAGUGACUGGAUACACUUUAGAAUGGAUGGAGGAUGGAGCAUUUACUGAGCUUUACAGUGGCCCAGACAAAACAUGUGAAGUCCGCAAAGGAGUCAGCCCCGCCAGCUUUUAUUACUUUAGAGUAAAGGCUGUCAGUGCAGUCGGUUCUAGUCUGUGGAGUCCAGUGAGUACAUGUCAAACCCCGGCUGCUUCGCCAUUGGCGGUGACUUCGAUAAAAGUGGUACAAAAGUCUUCAUCUCACGUGAGCCUGCGCUGGAGACAUCCGGGAAACAAUGGCGCCACUAUUACGUCAUACAACGUAGAAGUGGCGGGCUUUAAAAACAUCAGUUUUGAUGUCACCAGCGAAGGAUCUGAGGCCGAGGAAGAAACAACAUCACCUUAUCAAGAUUAUGACAUCAACGAACUUCAACCUAACACUGUUUACAGAAUUCGUGUUCAGGCUGUUAACAAAAUAGGCUGUGGACCAUUUAGCGCCACUGUGUUUGCGUCCACUGGCGACCUCCCCCCUCCCGCUCCGUUGCUAGAACUUGCCACGCCCUCGUACCAGAGUCUAAAGCUGAGAUGGACAUCACGUGGUACUGGUGGAAAGACAGGCACAGCUGGUAUGACGUACAAACUCGAAAUGUUGGACAAAAACGGAAGCUUCGUUACCGUCUUCAGUGGUCCAACGACAUCGCAUAAGGUUGGAAAAUUACUUGAGAGGACUGAGUACCAGUUUCGUAUCCAAGCGUGUAAUGACGCGGGGCCUGGGUCCUUCUCUGACGUGGUGUCCUUUGUAACGACUGCGCAGCCGCCAAAUACAGUCAAAGGGUUGAUGGUAGAAAACGUGACACCUUCUUCACUUAAUGUGAGAUGGGAACCUGUGCAAAUUGUCAAGAGAGGAGAAACAAUCGAAUAUUUACUGCAGAGUCAGUGUGUCGGAAAGGACCCCGAUUUUGUACAGGCGUACAUGGGGCCGAACACAAAAUUCGAAUACACCUCGGUCUCAGGCUCCACCGAGGUUCGAUUUCGAGUUUGCGCACUACGUUUAAUGAAUGCUCCAGACCAGUCCCCAAGUCCCAUCAAGGGUGUCUUCUCCGCGGUAUCUUCAGCGAGGACCAUGACACCGAAGAAGAAAAAGAUCUUGGAAAGCAGCGCAGAAAAUGAUGAUCGUAAACCGGAAAUCAAAGAGGCUACCAGGGUAGUUCUUACUGAUAAGCAAUGGGCUAUGAUUUUCUUUUCGGGAUUUUCGUUGCUAGCGGUCGUAGUAAUCUUACUGCUGCCUUCUUUGUUUGGAGUAUCAGACUAGUUAAUUACUUUACCCUCACGAUUUCUCUACCCUUUAAAAAAAAAAAAAAGGCCUUAAAAUCAUUUUGAAGAGUUUAGAAAAACAAACGGGACUACUUGAAAGUACUACUAAGUAACUGUUGUUUAAGGUGGUCUCUCAGUUAGGUUUCAUCGCAGACGUAAAAAAGGCGUACGAAGAGGUUUUCCGUCGGAGAAAACAAGACAUGGUCAAAGUGCAGCUUCUCACAGCUGUCAGUAAAGUGAUUUUAGUUCUAUUAGAAACAUGUUGUUCACCAGGCCCCGGUUGUUCAAAGGAUGGAAACCGCUAUCGACUGGAAAAAUCUCUUUCCGGUGGACGGCUCAGCAUGUUUUGUGAACACUUAUUCACUGGAUAGCGAUUUAUCCGUUGGACUGUGUUACCCACCCUUUGAACGACUGGACCCUGAUAAAUAUCGUUUAAAAGGAGCUGUGUGUUAAAUUGUUAAAAAGGUUUAACACAGAGGUUGAAGUUAGAAUGUCCAGUAACGGAGUGAUGAACUUUAUAUAGAGGUCAAGCCUUUGUUUCUGGAGUAGAACUUUACUGAAAUGGUUACGCAUGACCCUUAGGUUUGAAUCUCCAAGCAGUCUUAAAAUUACUGGAAAUGAUUUGAAUUUUAACUGUUGGAAGUGAGAUGGACCAACAUGCAAUAUUUUGUGUGCUUUUCAAUCUUAAAUUUUAACUCGUUUGACUAUUAGCGUAUUAAGUUAUAGUUAUUUUCCGACAGCUAACGUGCAGUGUGCUGAAGGGAAACUAGGUAGCCUCAAGAGGUAUUUUAAGUAUAUCCCAAAAUAUUACUAUAUAUGAGAAAACUGAAAACUGGAAAUUAAGCUAUUAAUUAGUAAUUUACUGGGAAGGCUCCUAUCCGUUUAUGUAGCGAGGGGAUACUAUCGCGCAGUGUAACGCAAAACGUUAUCCCACUGUGGACUAAACCGUGCGUGAACAUGCUAACCGUGACCGUACGAGAUCCACAGAAUCGAGGCAGCCAGAGAGCCAUGAAACGGAGCCACGUAAAUGUAGUAUGAAUGAAUGUUAAUGAAUUAGGUUAUCUCCAGAAAUGUUAAUGACCAAGUAUGUCUUUAAACAAAAAUGCACUUAAUCUACAAAGACAAAUGGUGUUAAUUUUCGUAAGGAGUCGUAUGUUUCGAUAUCUUUCGUGAGGAAUGAUAUUUGUUUGCAGGCAACCCGGCCACUAUAAAACAAGGAAAUACACAGAGAGGAAAAUUGGAUAAUUCGAUUCUGACAUUUUCAACGUUUUCAACAUUCGUCGUAAUUUCUUUGUUUGUUUUGGAUUUGUAGAAAAUUAUUAGUAACACUUGUUCUUGAAAAUACUGAAAUGUGUGGGAUUUGUGAUAGGAAAAAAGAAUGCUUUUGCUCCCAGGAAACGUGCAUCAGUCUUGAAAUUGUGCUUUUUCAGAAUUCUUAUAGUCGUGAUAUGCCCUGUUAGUGUUACUAGCUUUGUCAUCCACAUUCUUUUUCCUGCUGCGCUGAAUGUUAUGUGCCAAGCUUAAAAUAAAUGUUAUCUUUUGAAAUGCCAUGUGGACAGUUAACUCGGCUGUGAAAACUGGAAGCAUUACAGGUGUACCUGUACAGAAGAGAGACAAGCGAAGUUGUUAAACCUGAAGUACCGGCACUCAUAGGUUCUCACCCCACCGAAAAAUUUGAGCUCACUAAAUGUCAAGCAUGUUUUCUUUCCUUAUGUGACUUUGAUGUUAUCAAUUGAUAAUUCUGAAGUCGUUGUGGAAUGAUUUAUUCUUAAAUGCGCGACGUAUUGCAGUUAAGCUUGCUCUGAGGACGGGUCUCGGCAACAUUUCGAAGCUUUAUGAAUAUUUCUUAAAGAUAAAAUAAGUUGGCAAUUCACCAUUUUGUGAAGUUUUGGCAAGUAUCAGUUGAUAAGGCCAUCACUAUCAGUGUCCACGGUCCAGGACUUUUUCUCUCCCAGUUUAGUCCGUUUCUUCAUUGUCUUCAAUGUCUGCUGCUGAUUUAUAAGUGAAAGUUAUCUGGAAUUUUUCUUAAUGAUUACCGUAAAGAUAAGGUGAAUGUAUAGGAGCGUAAAAUAAAAGCCAAAGUAAUCAAAACGACCAUUCGGAACAGCGACAUGACGAGAGACCAACCAGAACGGCGGGAAAACGCGAGUGACCAAGUCACGUGUGGUUUUAGCUUUCCAUCUCAUUGGUUGCGAGGAUGGCGCGAGUUUUCCAGACCCAAGGGAAACGUAAUACAAAAGCAAUGCUACCGUAGAUUACUUUCGGCACUUGAUUGAGGUUUACCUUAUUUACUUAAAAAAGUUAGCCAUAGUGGUGCUCACGCAUAGAUUUAAUUCUAAUUUAGUUUAAAACAAAGUGAAAGAUGUUGGUGAUCGGACUCGUUGAAUGGCUCUACCCACAGAGCGUCAAAGAUUAUUGAAAGUGCAGUGCGAAGAAGAGAUAUAUUUAUUUUUAGAGAUUAACAACCUUGUAAGAUAAUUGAUAGUUAAAUUGUACAGAGAUUCUUGACCUAUUUAUCGUUAUACCUGCACUUUGAUCUGUGUCAGUAGUGUUCUGCAGAAAUAAACUGGUUCUGUUGCGAUGAAA